CUAUAUCCCAUUGAAGAUCUUGAAGGUCAUCAUGCAUUCCCUCUACAGCUGGAGCUUGCUUGCCUUGGCAGCUGGAGUGCUCCCGGUUGCCACCACCGAAUGGUGCAACCCGCCCUUGGGAACAUAUGGCUAUAUGUAUUACGUUGAAAGUCAAUCAGGGCUGGACGAAAUCGCAGACCACUGCACAACAGUAAACGGGACUAUCGUGAUGGCAUACAACUACACCGACAGCUCGUUCUAUCUCCCAAAAGUGCGAAAUAUCACCGGUUCGCUGCAGUGGGAACAUAAUCUAGAUUACUACGACACCAGACCCUCGCCGGCGACGAUUGACCUUCCAGAUCUAGAGGAGCUAGGCUCAUCAAUGUACCUCAAUGGUCUUCCUACGCUGAGAAAUAUUUCGAUGCCCAAAUUGAAGACGCAGGGCUGGGAAUUGCACGUCAAUUACGUGCAUGAGGCUGAUUUUAGGUCGUUGGAAACGGGGAAGUAUAUCACCAUCACUGGGAAUAUAUCGACCCUACGCCUCGACGCAUUGCGUGAUGUGAGCGAGAGGCUCCUAAUUUGCAACAUGGAUCUGUGCGGUCCAGACAACUCGCCAGCAAGCUCACUAGACAUUUCGCUUCUUUCAUUGGAAUCCGCGGGCUCUGUAUCACUGCAGGGAAGGAUAUCGAGUCUCGAAGUGCCCGCCCUCACAAGGAUGGGAGACGGAUCGGGCAUAUACAAUCUCGAGUUUUCCUCAAGCGGAGGACCGACAAUCAACCUCACCUUCCCACGUCUGACUAGUAUAGUGCGCGAUAUGAUCUUCACCGGUGAUAUUGGAGGCUUCGCCAUGCCAAAUCUCCGCAAAAUGAGUGAAACAAGUCUUUUACUCACCACUUUCAAGCCCUUAGCUGUUAACCUUCCCUUUGAUGCCGUUAAUGAUAUUCUAUUGAGAGGAAAUAUUUCGAGUGUUGAACUUCCCAAUCUCCAUAACCUCACUGGCUAUUUCACCGUAGACUCCGACCUCCCCCUCGACUGCGACUCCAUCCUGGAUACGAUUUCAACCGCAACGAAUGUGACUGCGUCAGCGGGUGGCAAGCUCCACUGCACCUCGUCUGCAGCGUGGUCAAACCACACUGGUAGAAGCACCACUGUGAAAUUGGCCAUUGCCGUGAUGGUGCUGAUGCUAGGCUGGCAAUUGUAAUUGACGAAGUGCGUUUCCCGAAAGAGAAGAAGGCUUUGGGGAUUGACCACAGUAAAAUUAAUAGCUAACUCCAGUCGACGCUGCCGACUUGGAGGCCGGAGAGGGGUGUUGUCCUGGAGUCUGUUUGUUGCUUGUCGGCAUGGCCUGGGUGAUCUUGUGUGUAUUAUACAUAAUUAAUGUGUGGUAAUACAGUCCCCUUGAGUAGGUUUUGAACUAUCUUGAGGCCAUCACCACUGGA